UCUUGUUAUUGUUGAUGCAGGUUGGUCCUGGGGCAAAAUUGGCAGCUAUGUGUAUUCCACACUGUAUCCAUGUAAAUGACAUGCUGCUGUGCCAUGGUAACAGUGUGUUUUCAGCUACGAACUGCUGGACGGCUCACCAAGCAGAGCAAACUGAGGAAAAGAAGAAAGUCAUCAUUGACAGCCUCUCAGCUCAGCUCACGACUUAAAGAGCAACUUUCAAACACUGAUUCAUUCCGUUUUUGUGGCACUGACACGUAACUCUGGGACAAUGAAAAUGAAUCUCACUGUACUGACUCUUUGCCUUCUUGGCGCAGUAGCUUUGUGUAGAGCGCAAGGAGGAACAGUCACCCCUACUGCCGUGCCUUCAUCCACCACUACUACAACUGCUGUACCCCCCGCUGCCAGCACCACUGCCACAACUGGUGCUCCAACCUCCACUGCCACAACUGGUGGUCCAACCUCCACUGCCACAACUGGUGCUCCAGCCUCCACUGCCACAACUGGUGCUCCAGCCUCCACUGCCACAACUGGUGCUCCAGCCUCCACUGCCACAACUGGUGCUCCAGCCUCCACUGCCACAACUGGUGCUCCAACCUCCAGUGCCACAACUAGUUCUCCAACCUCCACUGCCACAACUGGUGCUUCAACCUCCACUGCCACCACUGCCACAACUCCACAAACUGAUACCACUGGCAACACGGAAGGAGGUUCACAGGGGCUUUCGUCGGGUGCUAUAGCUGGUAUUACCAUUGGCUCUUUAGCUGGGGUGGCUGCACUUGGUGGUGGUGUCUUUGGUGCACUGAAGUACACUGGGAAGAUCUGAGACCCGUUCUUGCCAAACAAGGAUUUACAUGGUUAAGGAUUGUAAGCUAAAUAUUUACCAUCCUAAGAUCUAACAGAUUCACCUCUGACCCUGUUAACUGGACUAUGAAAAGCUCCUAUUGUCUGACAGGCCCAAUAAAGUAAUAUAUAUUCUAAUGAUGAUGUAAUGGGCCAAGAGGAAGACAUAAAAUGUCAAUUUGACUACUUUGUUCUUUUGAAAUUUUUGGUUUUAGGUCAGGACUUAAUCCUUAGUUGAUCAAAAAAAAAAAAAACUUUUGUAUUGUCAUAGAAAACAUAUUUUACAAUAAUUUAUGUUUUUAUUUCAAUGUCAGAUUAAGUCUACAAAGUACUUUUAGUUUUAAAUAGACAGGAAACUAAUUGUCUCUGGAUUUAUAAGCAGUUGCCUAGAGUGUUUGAUUUAAAAAAAAAUAGUUCUCAUAAUGUUUGGUCUUUGGAAUUCUAUUAAGUGAACUUAACAAUAAUGAGCCAGAGUUGUCAUCAGAAAUACAUAAGCUGCACUUUCUUGGCCUUCUUUAAAAGAAAAUUAAGGUAUGCCUUUUUGGGCUGAAUAAUUUGGUAGCUAUUGAUGAUAUUGUUUUGUUAUUAUUAACUGGGCUUUUUAACCCAAGUUCUGUAUUUCCAUGGAGAAACGGCUUUGAAAUCACUCUGUACAUUUAAUAAAUAGCUGUUUCCAUUCUU